AUGAAGAACAGCAACACCACCGCCAGUAGCGCUCCGAACGCCGAAGCCGCCAUGCGCAGAUCCGCCUCCUCGCCUCCUCAAGACCAAGUCCUGCUCCGUCGCCGUCUCGCCGGCCCGUCGGGCGCGCCGCAGCCACGGAACAGCCCCGGCGCCGAGGCCGAGGCCCAGCAGCAGCAGCGGCCCAAGGGUCGGGUGGUGGUGACCCGAGUGGUGGAGGCCGAGCAGGUGUUCCCGGAGCUGCCGGACGAGCUGAAGCUGCACGUCCUGUCGUUCCUGGCCGAACGCGACAUGGCCGUGUUCGGCGCCGUGUGUCGCCAGGCCGCGGCCAUGGCCAACGACAACCACUUGUGGAAGCGGUUGUACUCGCGGCGCUACGAUUCGGUGCAGCCACCGGCGGCGCCCGUGCCGUUCCCGUCGUCCGCGCCGCCCUCGCCCUCCGUCCCGUCCCGCUCGGCCCCGCCCUCGCCCGCUCCCCGCUCCCUCUACGCCUCCGCCUCGCCCGCCCUCGCCGCCCGCUUCGCCCGCUCGGCCCCGGCCUCCCCCUACGCCGCCGCCGAUGCUGACGUGGCAGUCGCCGUCGCCGCGCCUUCGCCCGGCCUCACCCGCCGCCCGCACCGUCUCCUGCCGGCGCUCGCCGGGUCUCCGCAGGUCAACGCCGCGCGGCCCGCCCGACAGGCCGAGGCGCCGCGCAACGACAACCGCGGGCGCAAGGACGACGACGCGCUCGAGGCCGCGCUCGGGAAGCUGAGCCUCGAGGCCGAGGCGGUGGUCGAUGCCCAGGCGGCCGGCGCGGAGGCGGAGGCGCACGAGGAGCUGAACAGCUGCGAGUGGAAGGAGCACAUGCAGUACCGCCACAUGGUGCUCCACAAGCGGUGGCGCCAGGAGGCGCCCUACGCCGUCACCACCGCCCGCGGCCACACCGGCAACGUGUACUGCAUUCAGUUCGACAGCGAGAACGAUCUGCUGAUCUCGUCGAGCCAGGACGCGACGGUCAAGCUGUGGGACAUGAGCGCCACCACGGCCACCCUCAACUGCACGCUCAAGGGCCACACGGGCCCCGUCGGCAGCGUCUCCUUCCUGCCGUCGGCCCACCUCGCCAUUUCCGGGUCGGACGACAAGACCAUUCGGGUGUGGGACACGGCCCGGGCCGCCGAGGCCGCCGCCGCCAGCAAGGACGGCGGCGGCAGCAGCAGCGCGAGCUGCGUGAAGGUGCUCCAGACGGGCGGCGAGGACGGCGUGUGGGCGCUCCAGUUCGACGCGCAGCGCCUGGUGGCGGACUCGGGCGACAAGACGAUGGGCAUGUGGGACACGGAGACGAUGGAGCUCCUCACCAAAUUCUCCGGCCACACGAAAUUUGUGGAAUGUCUGCAGUACGACGGCAACCUGCUCUUCUCGGGAGCGCAGGACCACAACCUCAUCAUGUGGGACAUGUCGACGGCCCAGCCGCUUCACCACUUCAAGGCCUGCAAGGCGUCCGUCUAUUGCCUGCAGGCGGACGACACGAAGCUGAUCUGCGGGAGCGCCGACAAGUCGAUCUACUGCUGGGACCUCCGCACGCGCAAGCUGCUCUGGCAGUCGAGCGUCAACCGCGGAUGGAUCGGUGGCGUGAUGUUCGAUUGCAGCAAAGUCAUCAGCUGCUCCUCUGACAAGACCGUCAGGGUGCUGGAUGUGGAGACGGGCAAGGCCACCAGCAAGUGGCAGCAGCACACCAACUCCGUUCGUGCUCUCAAGUACGAUGAGAAUCGAUUGGUGACGGCCUCGUUCGAUCAGACGAUCAAGGUGUGGAGCUUCCCUUGA